CAGUCGAAGUGAGUCCGGCGGCUUCGUCAAAAUGCCUUCCUCAACUGUGCUAUAUUUCUGAAUAUUCCGAAGCCUUCUCCACCUUCCACCGCUAAACCCCCCUCUCCUUUUCGUUUCUCACACCUAAACUAAUAUUCCAUUUCUAUAUCCACACACACAAACACACCCAUAUAUAAAUAUAUAUAUUUGUAUCUAUUUGCUCGCUUUUGUUCUUCUUCUAGUCUAUUUCUCUCUCUUCGAAACCCUAAUCUUGCUCGCUCUCUCCAUGACUUCAUUAUUUGGAUUUCAAAUUGCGAGUGAAGUUGAAGAUUAGGGCUCUGCUUAUAACCACGCUUUAAUGGACGUCGACCGUUGAAUUUUCAAAGAGAUGUCUGUUGCUGAGCUGAAAGAGCGGCACAUGGCUGCUACGGAGACUGUCAAUGCUCUCAGGGAACGCCUCAAGCAGAAGCGUCAAUUUCUUCUUGACACCGAUGUGGCGGAGUAUGCGAGAUCGCAAGGGAAGGCCCCUGUUAGCUUUGGUGCCACGGAUCUGGUUUGUUGUAGGACGUUGCAGGGACACACCGGGAAGGUUCGUUCACUAGAUUGGACUCUUGAAAGGAAUCGUAUUGUCAGCGCAUCUCAAGAUGGGAGGUUAAUAGUGUGGAAUGCGCUCACAAGCCAGAAAACUCAUGCCAUAAAGUUACCUUGUGCCUGGGUCAUGACAUGUGCCUUCUCUCCGAAUGGCCAGUCUGUUGCCUGUGGUGGCCUUGAUAGUGUAUGCUCUAUCUUCAACCUAAAUUCUCCCACAGACAAGGAUGGGAAUCUACCUGUAUCAAGAAUGCUUAGUGGGCACAAGGGUUAUGUUUCCUCUUGUCAGUAUGUUCCAGAUGAAGAUACUCAUCUAAUAACUAGUUCAGGUGAUCAGACAUGUGUUUUGUGGGAUAUAACUACAGGACUAAGAGCUUCUGUUUUUGGUGGUGAAUUUCAAUCUGGGCACACUGCUGAUGUUCUGAGUGUAUCGAUCAAUGGAUCAAACUCAAAAAUGUUUGUAUCUGGUUCUUGCGAUGGAACUGCCCGGUUGUGGGACACUCGUGUUGCAAGUCGAGCUGUCAGGACAUUUCAUGGUCAUGAGGGAGAUGUUAGUACUGUGAAAUUCUUCCCAGAUGGGAAUAGAUUUGGGACUGGUUCAGAUGAUGGAACUUGCAGGUUAUUUGACAUUAGGACUGGACACCAGCUCCAGGUGUAUUAUCAGCAGCAUGGUGAAAAUGAUGUCCCUCACAAUGAUGUCCCUCAUGUGACUUCCAUCGCAUUUUCUAUAUCAGGCAGGCUGCUUUUUGCUGGGUACUCAAAUGGAGAUUGCUAUGUGUGGGACACUUUACUGGCAACGGUUGUCUUGAACUUGGGUUCUCUCCAAAACUCACAUGAGAGUCAGAUCAGCUGUUUGGGUUUGUCAGCUGAUGGAAGUGCCUUAUGCACAGGAAGUUGGGAUACAAAUCUAAAGAUUUGGGCUUUUGGUGGGCAUAGGCGAGUGGAGUAGUUGGGGCAGAAUGAACUUCUUUUGAGGUGCCUAGCAUUGCAGGCCAUGGUAGCAUUGUUCUUUUCGGGAUCUGUUUAUGUUCAAGUAAAUUACUCUUCUUCAAGAAACCAAAAUCCUGCACUGUUGGUCCUUGUAAACUUUAUUUGAAAAGCCCUUUUAGAGAAAGGUAACAGAGUAUAUUCUUCAAGAAUUUGAAUAGGAAAGGCCAUUCAAAUUGUCA